GGAUAUUAUAUAAAUGGGAAACGUUGUGGUGUUUGUUCUUAUUCAUGUUCGACAUGUGACGGACCCAAUGCUGACAAUUGUUUGUCAUGCAAAGUGGGUAAAUAUCUCGUUGGUAAAACUUGUGAAAAUUGUGAUGAAAAUUGUGAGUCAACUGAAUUUUGUAGCUCUCAAAAUGGGUGCACCAAAUGUAAAGUUGGGUAUUACCCAGAUAAUAAAAAAUGUUUCCAAUGUAGCACAAUUCGAAACUGUCUCGAGUGCAGCCAAACUGAAAAGAAGUGUACAAAAUGUAUGACAGAAUUCGAAUACAAAAAUGGGUUAUGUCAAUGCAAAGAUUCGAUGUACCAAGUUUCUGAGACAAAAUGUGAUUUCUGUUUUAAUAAGAUAAGCAAUUGUCAGUCUUGUGAAUCUACAACUGGAUUUGAUGAAAAGUGUGAUUAUUGUUUUGCUCCAACUGUUCUCACACUAAAAAACACCUGUGUUUUAUGUGAACAAAAACGUUAUUAUCAAGGUGGUGAAUGUGUCAGGAAUGAUGACGGAUGUUCAAAUCAAAUAAUGAGAAGAGAUUGUUUGAAAUGCGAAAAAGACAAUUACUUACUAAAAGGGAUUUGUAUUAAAAAGGUGGAAAUUCCUUCACAAAAAUGCAUGAAAGAGUCUUUAAAAACAUGUGAAGAUUGUGGUGUUGGUAUCACUACAAAUGGUAGUUGUGUGCCAUUGCCUCCAGGUGUAAAAUAUUAUAUAAAUGAUACCACUCUUGAGUGUACUGAUAAUUUUGAAAAUUACGAAAACGAGUGUGUAGCAAUAGAAUCUAUUGGAACUAAAUUCAGAAAUGGGAAGUAUUAUUUAUGUGGAGAAAGACAACGACUUAAUAAUGAAAAUACGUGUGCUGCUUGUCAAGAUAAUUCAUUACAAUGUUCAUUUUCUGAAAACAAAGAAAGGAUACUGAAAUGCAAUGAAAAAUAUUCGAUUGAUUAUUUUAAUGAGACUUGCUUCAUUGAUGUAAAUUGUAAACAAUUGAUAAAUGGUGUUUGUGUAAAAUGCGAAGGACCGAUUUCAAAAAACAGAUGCUCGAAAUGUGAAUCGAUUGAAUAUUGUAAAGUGAUGGAACGGGAUUGUAAAUGUGAUGUAUGUGACAAGGACAAACUUCUAACCAAAAAUAGUUGUAUUCCAAAAGAUAAUAAAAAUUGUAAAAUUUCAAAUGGACGUGGUUGCACAAAAUGUGAAAAUAGGUAUUUUCGAAGUGGUUCGCCUGAGACAUUUUGCAAGAAAGAAAACGAAACAAUAUUAUAUGCCAAACAUGACACAGAUGAAAAUUACACAAUUAUGGAGUGUAUGAAUGGGUACUACUUAUCUGGCGAAAAUACAUGUAAAGUUAUGCCAAAAAAUAUUUCACCCAUUUUGAUGUCAAAUUUAUAUAAUUUUAAAGAAAAGGGAUACCAAGUUAAGUAUCUACAUGAAGAAGAUCAUUGCGAAACAAAAAAUCAAAAGGGGUGCUUGGAGUGCAGUUACGGCUAUUUCCUUAAAAAUUAUAAGUGUCUUAGUUGUCCUCAAAAUUGCACAACUUGCUACAGUGAAACGAUCUGUCUGUCAUGUAUAAAAAACAAUUAUUUGACCAAAAAGGAUGUCUGUGAAGAUUCUGCUAAGCUUGGAUCAAAAUGUGACAUUCCGAUACCCGGGUAUAUUGGUUGUGCUAUUUGUAAGGAUGGAUUUUUUAAAUUGCGAUUGGACUGUGAAUUCUGUGACAAGUCGUGUAAGCAAUGCCACAACAACCAUACGUGCAUUUCUUGUGCUGAUAAUUAUUACAGCAUCCCAACUGAAUCAUCAUUAUGUCAACCCUAUUCAUCUCUUCUUCAUUGCGCAGAAAAGACACAACUUGGAUGUGCUGUAUGUGAUGAUGGUUAUUACCUGAGAACAGUUGUUCCAAGAUGCACAAAAUGUCCACAAGGAUGCUCGUUAUGUUCUUCGAAUGACACGUGUCAGGCGUGUAAAGAUGAUUAUGUUUUAAUCAAUGAAAAAUGCAACAAUAUUUUUGAAAUUAGUUUCUGUAAAGCUGCCAAAAACUCGGUUUGUACUUCAUGUGAAGGUCUUAGAAAGCCGAAUGAAAUUGGUACCAGGUGUAUUGAAAUCAACAAGGCGUUAUUUAUCUCACUCUUGACGAUAGGAUUGGUCAUUUUUGUCUCAAUAAUAAUUGCGAUCAUUGGACUUGUAAUUGCCUUUAUUAUGUUUAAAAGAAAAGAAAAGAAAAAAAUGAAGAACAUCUGUAUUUUCGAUAUGGAUGAAUCCAAUGUCAAUUUCACUAACUUAAGCAAAAAGGUUUCAACUAAUAAGCCUGUUUUGCAUUUUGAAAAUCAGUACAGUGGAGGAAAAAUUGAGGUUGGCAAUGAGUCAAAAGAGCUUAUUUGUAUAGGUAACAUGACGCGUCAUCGAAUUAAAAUCCAAAUGAAAGUGAAAGAAAAUACAGAAAAGUAUACUCUUAAAAUUGUCCCUCAAGUAAUAUCUCUGAAACGUGGAGAAGCUUGUGAAUUUGAAGUCUUUUUACUACCAAAUUACACAUGUAACAUUGAAGACAAAAUUGCAUGUGUUUGUUUGGAUUUCCGUGAAGGAAAAGAGGAGGUCAAUUUUAUCAAAUUGAUGGCCUCAACUGAAUCUUCAUGUCGACUUGAUUAUGAUGAAUUGGAUAUUCAGAAGAAACUUGGGGAAGGAUCCUUUGGUAUUGUUUUCAAAGGUACUUACAGAGGGAACGAUGUGGCAAUUAAGAAGAUGAAAGCGAUGGAUGUUGACCAAGUCCACAAAUUGGAUGAAUUUGAAAAGGAAGUUGCGAUGUUAGAGAAGUUCAAGUGUGAAUAUAUCGUUCAUUUUUAUGGAGCUUGUUUCAUACCAGGGAGAGUAUGUAUGGUUACUGAAUUCGCGCCAUUUGGUUCUUUACAAGAUGUUAUCAGCAAGAAAUCAAAUAAAGAGUUGGAACAAUACGAGAAGGUCAAAAUCAUGAUAGAUGCAGCAAGAGGUAUAUUAUAUUUACACUCCAAUGGCAUUUUGCAUAGAGAUAUCAAACCAGACAACAUAUUGGUAUUUUCACUCAACUUUAAUGCAAAUUUCCCAUCAAAACUGACUGACUUUGGCUCAUCAAGAAAUAUUAAUAUGAUGAUGACUAAUAUGACAUUUACGAAAGGUAUUGGAACACCAACAUAUAUGGCACCUGAGAUUUUGAAACUUGAAAAGUACACCAUGUCAAGUGAUAUCUUCUCUUUUGGAAUAACGAUGUACGAGUGCUUUGGGUGGUGUGAGGCUUAUCCAAAAAACACAUUCAAGUUUCCAUGGAAAAUAGCCGAGUUUGUAACAACAGGAGAACGACUGCCCAUCAAAGAUAAUAUGAGUCAAGAAAUGUAUGAAAUCAUUACAAAAUGUUGGGAACAAAAAUCGCUGGAUAGAAUCGAGUGUGGAGAGGUUGUUGAAAUGUUGGUAAAUCUUCAACGUAAUUCGUGA